AAUGUUCAUUACCAACUCUCUUUUGGUGAAAGCCGUAUCGUAGCGAACUAGUGGCCAACCUUCUCUACUCUCUUCGUCUCUCCUUGCUCGAGUCUCACCCUACAUCCUUGACGACAUUUUGUACGCACAUUCGUAUUUGUUUCCAUGGAGAUUAAUUAUCAAUGCUAGUGUUGCUGGGAGAUUUGAACAACAAACAAACAGAAAAUUGUGGAUUGUGAAGCCUUCGAAAUCACAACUGGGAAGCUCCAAAGCACCCAACACCAAGAUUCAUAAAAAAAAAAAAGGAUCCAAGGAGGUAGCUAGGGACAAUUUGUAUAUCGUCAACGAUGAGAGUAUACAAUGGUUUCAAAGAGGUUCUGAACAUUCAGAAAUUUCGGAGAAUUGUGUCCUAUACCGGAUUCUUCUGCUUCACUACGGUCGUGAGCUAUGCUUACACGAGUAACACAACGAGAGCUGGGUAUUCUAGAGCUGACCAAUACUAUGCGUCUUACCCUGCUGGAACCGAGCUCUUGACCGACACAGCUAAGUUAUAUAAAGCUGCACUUGGCAAUUGUUUCGAAGCGGAAGAGUGGGGCCCACUCGAGUUCUGCAUCAUGGCAAAACACUUUGAGCGUCAAGGGAAAUCGCCAUACCAAUAUCAUGCACAAUAUAUGGCACACCUUCUCUCUCAUGGACAGCUUGACGGAAGUGGCUAAAAGGGAGUAUACCAUUCUCUGCCAGAUGAGUGGCAAUGUCUCAAGUUCAAAGUUGUCUGAUGCCAAUCAAGUGAAAAAAAAAAUUGGAAAAUUAGUUAGUAGAUAAUUGUCUGAUGGACUUCAUUUUAUCCCUUUUUUGUUAUAUAAUAAGAACUGCUUCUAAACUA